GAGCCCUACCAUUCCGGAAAAAGAAGCCUCUUGCGCUCCUGUACCCCAAUGCAAACCCACUUGCAGUUGACCUAAUGGAAAGAUGCCUAACGUUCAAUCCGAGACGACGUAUUGACGUUGAACAGGCUCUGGCCCAUCCGUAUCUCGAGCCAUAUCAUGACCCUCAGGAUGAGCCUACAGCAGCCCCCCUGCCGCCGGGAUUUUUCGACUUUGAUAACGGCGAGCAGUUGAGCAAAGCCCAGCUAAAAUAUCUCAUUUACGAAGAAGUUAUCCAGCCUUUCCCACCCAUCGCCGCCCAAACAUAGCGAUUCGAUUAUCUCAUUCUCAUGAUAUACCCUCAUGCAUCAUAAAUGUUUAUUGUUGCCAUCAUUGAUUUGUACAUAGUGUAACAUCGUUUCUUCAUAUUUGGCAAAAGUGCGUGAAGCCUUG